AUUAUAUUUGGACUAAUAUGGACAAUUUUGUUAAGUUUAUUUACAGCCAAGAUAAUUAGAUGACAAGACAAUCCAUUCCAGCGUGUCUUUUGAACAGGAUUGUAACCUGUAGCUUUGAAAUCACCAUGGCUAUGGCUUUGUUUACACAAGCAGACAAAUUCUGAUAUUUUUGCCAAACUAUUGGGAAAAGACGUGAUUUGAAUGGUCAAAAGACCAAUAAUUUUUGGGGGGUGGAAAUCUGAAUUUGUCUGUGUAAAUGCAGCUAUUGUGCCAGUAUUGUGGUGUUAAAACUGUGUUUGGGAACAGUGCUAAGGAACAAUCUACAGUUAUGUGUAAAGAAAACAUGUAUUGCAUAAUAUAUGUUACUAAUAACUGAUAUAGAGUAUUAUUUAAUCUGUUGUAGGUUUCAAAGGUUCAUUCCAAAAUGCCAAAGUUUAUUGAUUGAAGGUGUGUGGUUAUCAAUGAGGAAUAACUUAUCAUGGCCCAUGGAUAAAUAAAAGAAAAUGAGCUUUCCUAUUCAGUCCGUCUCACUAUGAAACAAAGAAAUUCACACAUUCUGCAAUUGGUUACCAACAGUAGUUUAUUGAGAUUUGAGUUUGAUCAAACUGUCAUUCUCCAAAUUGAGUAAUUCUGCAACACAAUUCUGACACAUGAGAAUACAGUGACUUGAUGAAUAAUGGGAAUGAAUAGUAUCCUAAUUGUUUUGUACUUAUUCCCAAAGUAGACACCACUUAGUAACCACUGGCAGGAAUAUCAAUCCACUUCAGAUAUAUUUGACCUAAUAGAUUUUUACUUUAACUGCUGGCUCCCCAUAGAGAUGCACUCAGAGCCACUGGGGCCAAAAGGGGGUAAGCCAGUGCUCUGGCUCAGUGUCUGUGUAUCGGACAGACCACAUCAUAUUCCACUACAGGCAUCACAGGGUAGAGCGCCACCGAGGGUCACAGGGGUUUGAGGUCCUCUGAGAGCAGCCACAAAUAGACAAACGAUUGGAUAUUUUGGCGGUCCCCUAUUACCCGAUGACCUGCAGGGCUCCCCUCCACCGGCAGUCCGUUCAUACUGCUGCAAGGUAAAUGACAACUAAUAGUAUAAUUGAUUUCUCUUGGCAGGCUAUAAAGUUCUCACCAACCCAGGCCAACGGGCUGCUUUUUGCUUUGUUUUCAUUUAAUCAGCUGUGGAGUUGUGGGCUGGGUAUCCUAUGGUUUACUAAGAAGAUAAAGAGAUUGACAAUGAGCACAGGAUUGUAUCAAACAUCCAAAUAUUUUGUUCUAAAAUGUCUGUUUAUGUGCAUAUUAUUUCCCCAAUGAAAGGUAAGUUUACUUGUGUGAUUUUAGAUUGAGUUUUAACUUAUUUUUUUCCCACCAGAGCCCUCCUGAUUUAAACUCACAAAGACCACUGCAUUCUAAUUCAUAUAAUUUACAUAUUUUUGGGGGGUGAUCAUUUUCUCUGUAACUAGGCAAUUAUUUCAUUUGAUAUUGUAUUACCUAAUGAUCAUUCAAUUAGGACUAAUGGUUAUCAUUAGUCCUUGAUUAGCAAGUGAUAUAAUGAUUAUUAAAGAGACAAAUCAGCAGUUGAAACAAUGAGUGUUUUUCCCGCCUGUUUCAUGAAAACGCUGAGGGAUGGGGCUGGACAUUUUUUUACCACUUUCAAAUUCAUACAGAACUAUGAAUGCAAGGACUGGCAAUCCAUGAUAUCAACAUUAUAGUUUUAACCAUUUUUUGAGGCUGUAGUGUUUGUUAACGUUUAAUUUGUUUAAAAAAACAUUAGGAGCAAAACAAGCUUAUUAUUUUGGGUUCUGACAGGGUACGACAGUUGAACUAAGCUCAUGAGGCAUUUAUAAAAGUGAUAUUCUUCAAGGAUCAAUGGGUACAUAUCCUUAAUUUAGAAAUCCCAAAAUGGAUGUAGGAAUGUCAGGUUUCCCCUUUUAUAUCAUCGUCAUCAUCAAUUCUGCUUUAUAAUAAACAUUGAUUGUCCAUGUAUUAUUGACCUCACCAUACACUUCAUCUUGACAAUCCAUUUCCUGCUUUUUAACAUGUCAUUUUCUCCAUUACUUAGCAAAACCCACGUGAAGAUGGGAGAUUGGAACUUCCUGGGUGGGAUCUUGGAGGAAGUGCAUAUCCACUCCACCAUGGUGGGAAAGAUCUGGCUGACCAUCCUGUUCAUCUUCCGGAUGCUGGUGCUUGGCGUCGCUGCAGAGGACGUGUGGAACGACGAGCAGACCGACUUCAUCUGCAACAGCGAACAGCCAGGGUGCCGUAACGUGUGCUACGACCGAGCCUUCCCCAUCUCACUCAUCCGCUACUGGGUGCUGCAGGUCAUCUUCGUCUCCUCACCCUCUCUGGUUUACAUGGGCCACGCCAUCUACCAGCUGCGAGCUCUGGAGAAGACGCGCCACACUAACAGGGCAGCAUUGCGUCGGGAGCUGGAGGCAGUGGAGCUGAUCGAGGUGCGGAGACGCAUCGAGAGGGAGAUGAGACAGCUGGAUCUGGGGAAGCUCAACAAGGCCCCGCUGAGAGGGUCCUUGCUACAGACUUAUGUGGCCCACAUCGUCACCCGCUCUGUGGUGGAGGUGGGCUUCAUGAUGGGCCAGUACCUCCUCUACGGCCAUCGCCUGGACACUUUGUUUAAAUGCGAGAGGGAGCCGUGCCCAAAUGUGGUGGACUGCUUUGUCUCCAGGCCCACGGAAAAGACUGUCUUCAUGAUGUUCAUGCAGGGCAUCGCUGCCGUCUCCCUCUUCCUCAGCCUGUUGGAGAUCACGCACCUGAGCUACAGGAAGCUUAAGAAGGGCCUCCUGGCCUACCACCCACACCUGAAGGAUGACUACUACCGUAGCAAAUCCAAAAGAAACUCUGACGUCAAACAAGUUAACAUGGGGGGAACCUCUGGGGGCUGCAAGCCUGUUAUCCAUAGCGGACCCAGUGGGUACACACUCCUGAUAGAGAAACAGGGCAACGGACCGACGCAUUCCCUCCUCAAUGCCUCCUCUGCCUUUGUUCCUAUUCAGGUGGACCCUGGUGUCGAGCCAUGUACAGACAGUCACGAUACAGCCAGUAAGGAGGCAGUGCCAAGUCCUGAGCACAACAGCAACUCAAAGAACAUCAACCGUGAGACGACACGCUCUGCCCUUGUGGACAAGAAGAAUGAGCCAGAGGAUCUUGUCGUGCGUCCUCUACGCCACCUUGUAGAUCCUCUCACCCACCACAUGGACUUCACAGGGUCACGGGGCUCUGAGUACCCCACCCUACCCGUGCUACCCUUGAUGGAUGCCUCCUCAUGCCCGACCCUUUCGGUCAUUGCAAGAAAACCACGGAGGGUCAGUGCCCCCUGGAACUGUUCCACUGUGGUGGAAGGGAAUGGCUCAGACAGUGGGGACUCCUUCCCUGGGACGAUAACCAUGAAGCCACGCUGUAGCUUUGCUGCCAGCAGAGCCAGGGCCUUCUCUAAGCCGGACAUCAAGAGACUCAGCAGGCCCCAGAGCCAAGACUCAAUAGAACUGAGCUCAGUGUCUCAGCACAGCCGCGAUGGCAACAGCCCUCCCGUCUGCUCUCCCAACCGCCGAAUGUCACUGGCAAGUAACGGCAGCAGCAGGCGAGCUCCAGGCGACCUGCAGAUCUAAGGUUUAUUACCUUAUCUCAUCAUGUCACAAGAAACUGUUACGAUGUUGGGGCUUCAGAGUGGCGCAGCAGUCAUUACAGACCCUGGUUCAAUUCCACGCUGUAUCACAAGCCGUGAUUGGGAGUCUUAUAGGGUGGCGCACAAUUGGCCCAGCGUUGUCCGGUUUAGGGGAAGGUUUGGCUGGGGUAGGCCGUCACUGUAAAUAAGAAUUUUUUCUUAAACUUGCCUAAUUAAUUAAAGGUUAAAUAAAUAAAAAAAUAGGCUAUGCUUCAGGGUAAACUGUUACGGUGUUAGCUAAGUGUGCCCUGAAGUGUAGCCCAAGAAAUUAUAUUAUUCCAUAUAAUUGCAGUUCUUGAGACAGUGAUGUUUUUCUGUCAGUGAAGUUGAGUACACAGUAUUACCGUUAAGAUAAACUGUUCUGGGCCCAGGCCACAAUGCAUUUUGUCAGUCUGUUUUUAUGCACCAAGUUUGCACCUGUUAUUUUCAGAAGACAAAAAGCAAAGCAGAAUUUUGCAAUGGAAAACACUUAGUAAAUCUAGAUAAAAAAGACAGACAUUGUUACCAGGUCUGUUUUAGUUCGAAGGACUUUCAUUGCAUUGCGUGCAUUUAAAUGCAAGGCUCACAGCAAUGAACCAAGAGCAGUAGAAAGCAGAAUCAGAAAAUCUAUAUCCUUUAGGCUGUAAUUCGCAAUUACGUAACACAAAACUCAAUGAUAUUCAUUGGAAAGAAUGUGUUAACAAGGAAAAAGUUUCAAAGCAUGAUUUCCUCAAUAUUGUAUUUAAGGUAUUGUACUUUUAAAAAGCACAAUAACCAAGUGAAUUUGACUUUACAAUUUAAAUUAGUGGCUGGAGUUCACUAGCUACCAAUCAAAUCAGAGGACAUUUUCCCAGUGACAUAAUCUAUUUGAGUAUCAGCCCAAGACAGUUUCUUUACUCACGAUAUAGGCUUCGGGCCAACUUUAUUUAAACUAUCCAAUGAACAACAAAGCAACAGCUUAUUUCAGUUCAACUAUAAUUGAACUACUACAACAAUGUAGUCUUCGGCUAAACCAGUUACAUAAUAUUUUCAACGUGUUCUGUUUUCUUUCAGGUCGGGAUACUGCAGAUGUCCUCCAUCCUGAAAAAGCGUUGAUAUUGUGGCACAAAGCCCACUAAUCAUUUGACAAUAUAAAUUAUACAUUUUGAUUGGGACUG